AUGUCAACAAAAUCUCACAUAUCUACAGAAUUGAGCGAUAGUAUAAGCAAUGUUUUGGGGAAAAAUGUUAAAAUUCUAUACAAAUCCCUUAUCCGCAUGGAAUCAAGAGGCGAUAAAGUAGAUAACAAAGUGUUGGUAGUAACAUCUUACAGAAUUUUCAUCACCACAGCAAAAGUACCAACACGGGUUGACAAUGGAUUUCACUUGAUGGAGAUAGAGGCACUAGAAAGCAAGAAGGCUAACCAUCUGUCAAUAACAUUGAUUCAUGAACAUAAGCCAGUGUCUAUACUUAUAGGUGAAGAAGGAACCUCCGAGGGACUUUUAAAUAUAAUGCACGCAUUAUCAAUGGCAUUCGACGAUCUAUAUCCAAACGUAUCUAUGGUGGACAUAAUUUCAAAGGUAUAUUUGCCAUUCCCAGUGCCUCAAGUAAGCGGAACUCGGAAGCAUUCUACUUGUGGUGAUUUCUCAAACCAAUAUGCAGCAAUGUGUGAUCUCUGCCAAACGCCCUUCAGACCUGAAGUGGCAUGGGAUAUUGAUACAAUAUAUCUGGCGCAUGAUAUAAGAAUGUUACAUCUAAAAGAUUUUGAUCAUUUAGAUCAAAGAGACCUGAUCCCCUUAGUUAUGGCCUUACAACACAACACGUGGUUUCAUGGUGUUUGCGGUGACGGUGUCCGAGCGAGUGGUGAAGCGUGGGAGAGUAUAUGUCGAAUGGUGCGGUGCGCCAGGCCCCCUCCCGAGCGACUGUCGUGGAGAGCAGCAGCACUCAGGCAUGACCAUGCAGCCCGGCUGGGCUACGCGCUUUGUCGGGCAAGGCAUCGCCCUGCCAUGCAUACAAUAGACUUCUCGCAGAAUCACAUUGAAGACAAAGGUGCUAUUAGUAUAUUGAGUGGUCUGGCUAACAAUCCAGAUGGAUUGAGACAUAUUGCCUUGUCUCAAUGUGGGCUGACCGGCAAAACUGUGAUGCACCUAGCUACCUUGUUGAAUGACAAUCCAUGUCAUCUUUCUACUUUAUCGCAUCUCGACUUAUCCUACAAUAAUCUAAAGGAUGAUGUACACAAUUUGUAUAAUUUUCUCGCUCAACCGAAUGUUUUAACGCAUUUAAAUCUGACAAACACGGAGACAACCUUAGAAAAUAUGUGGGGCGCAUUACUGCGAGGAUGUGCGGCUCGCCUGAGCACUCUGUCAGUGGCCCGCAACCCGUGGUCGGCGGCGCGGCGCGCCCGCGACCCUCCGCCUUCCUUCCGACAGUUCUUCACAGCCUGCCUCGCGCUUACUAACCUCGACUUUUCUUACUGCAAAAUGCCGCCAGACGCUCUCAAGAGUCUAUUACUCGGGUUGGCGUGCAACGAGAGCGCUGCAGGAGUGCAACUUAACCUAUCCGGUGUACUAUCGUCUUCCCAAGUGGCACAUGUACUAGAGUCUUGUAUACACGGUGUGAGGUGUCUACAGUCAUUGGAUUUGUCGGAUAACAGUAUGGAAUUCGAGUUGUCUGGCAUCGUAAGAGCAAUUGGGAAGAAUCAUUCAAUCACACAUUUAUCAUUAAGCAAAUUGACGGGCAAACGAUCUUAUGCACCACCUUUAAUACAGGCACUAGUCCAUGUCCUCCAAGAACCUGAUACAGCGUUAACUUCGUUAGAUCUCAGCGAUUGUAAGCUAAAGGGCGACUUGUACGGGUUGCUAAACGCCUUGGGUGGUGCGAGAAGACUUCGCUCUUUAGAUGUAGGAGGUAACUUGGCCGGUGAUGCGGGUGCAAGACUCCUUGCAAAAGCUCUACAAUGCAAUUGUACACUACAAACCCUCUAUAUUGAUCGAAAUGCCUUCAGUUUACAAGGUUUAACUGAUAUAGCUACAGCUUUACGUCGAUCAGUGAGUGUACGUCGUGUCGAGUUCCCCGGCUGUGAUGCAGCAGCGGGCGGUCGUGGCGCGAGUGAACGCGUGGCCACCUUGUGGAGAGACUUACAUGAAAGGUUGUCGCAGAACGGCAGCCCGGGCGGCGCGCACACGCUGCGCGCGCUGGCGCUGGAGCGCGCGUGGGCGGGCGGCGAGGCGGCCGCGGCGCUGGCGGCGCACGCUGCGCACGCGCUGCCGCCGCCGCCGCUGCCCGCCGCGCUCGAGCGCGCCGCCGCCGCCGCGCACCACCUGCUGCACCAGUACCUGCAGAGAUGCGGCGAAGUCUUCGCAGCGAUGGGCGGCAGCGGUUCCAGUAGUGAACUCGUCUCUUUGCAAGCCGUGCGAGACGCUAUGGCACCCUGUCAAAAUCCCCUUCAAGAUCUACUUAACCAGGCUGUGGAAAGCCUUGCUCUUUUAGCAUGCGAGAACGUGGACAACAUUGACAGUGAACCAGUUCCUAGUACUGAUGGUGAUAUACCGGAUUUACUUACACCCAUCUCACACUCUGGGGCCACGCCGCUGGGCUGCCGGCGGCGCGAGCGCGGCGGGCGGCGCGUGCGGCCCAAGUCGGUGGCGGAGCAGCAGCAGUGCAGCUCCAACGAGAUGCUGUCGCUGCCGCCGCUGCACGCCGAGGCGGCCGACGCACUCGCCGACCUGCCCGCGCACACGCUGCGACACCUCGUCAAAGGUCGACCGAGAAGAACCAAAACGAGAGCACCGACUCGGCCGAUAACGGACCAGUCUCAGGAUAUCGAUGAGGGUUUGGAAGAAUUUUGGCGUACUUGCCGUACACCACCGGGCAGCGAGGAAGCGUCACUAUCAGCUCGUACACCUUUGACAUCACGCUCGCUGCACUCCCUGUCGUCGCUGGCAUCACCAUCGCCGCUGCGGCACUCGCCCACGUUGCAACGCGACGACACCAUGUACAGUGUGACAUCGGGUGAAAGUACGCCUGUCUUAUUAGAAUGCGAAGUGUCUCGUUGCAAGUCUUCCGAUAAUGUAGGCACCAAGGCAACAGCAUCGACGCCGCCGCCGUCACGAUCUUCCGAUAACGUCAAUACCAUGGGAAACGGAUGCGCCCGCACGCCCGGCAAAGCCCGCCCCUGGUCCGUCGCCGGCGUCAACCCGGACAAUAACGCCGCAGCUUGCACUACUGAAGGCGUGGAGGCGUGCGUCGGAGGCAGCAUCGUGGGCAUCACGCCGGGCGCCGCACUAACCAGUUCAAUGCUACGAGAUCAUCCUUUAACUCCAGAGGGCUCUGAAGCCUAA